GUCGUUUGCUUACACAAACAAAUAACAUGGCAGACCCUUCUGAAAAACAUCUUCUUUUAAACUUUCAGAAUAUACUUCGAAUAUUUUGACGAGUCUAAAUAUUCAACUCGUUUCCAAGGAUUACGAGGUAUUAUUUUGUGCUUUGCAGCCGAUAUAAAUCCCAUGGUUAUGGAAUUAUGGCACGAGCUCCUAGGCACUUCUGCGCUGUCCCAUGUCUGCAUUCUGGCCUUGACAGUAUUCGUGGCCGUCUAUUAUAUAAUGCACACAUUCUCCAAUAUUCCUCCUGGUCCUAAACCAUGGCCAAUAGUUGGCAAUUUCGGCGGGUUUCUGGUUCCCAAUUUCAUAUGGAGGAGGCUGAGGAGGGAGGACGACCCAAAGUCAAAGACACGAGCUCUAAUUUCGCCUCCAGUUAUUAUCACGGAACAAGCUAAAGUUUACGGUAACAUCUACAGCAUGUGGGUAGGGAGUCAGCUGGUAGUAGUACUGAACGGAUAUGAAGUGGUCAGGGAUGCCCUUUCAAACCGGGCAGAUGUGUUCUCCGACAGACCAGAGAUUCCCACCGUUACCAUCAUGACAAAGCGGAAAGGCAUAGUUUUUGCACCUUAUGGACCAGUAUGGAGAAGGCAGCGCAAGUUCUGCCACACCACGCUACGGAACUUUGGCCUGGGCAAGUUGAGCCUGGAGCCUUGUAUCCUUGAGGGGCUGGCUGUGGUCAAGUCUGAGCUGCUGCGUCUCAGCGAGCAAGAUACUGAGGGUUCGGGAGUGGACCUGACUCCUCUGAUAACUAACUCUGUGUCCAACGUUAUCUCCUACGUCGCCCUGGGCCAGCGCUUCCACCACGCUGACCGGGAGUUUGGCGCCCUGCUGGACCUGAUGGCCCGCGGCCUAGAGAUCAUCGCCAACAGCGCGGCGGUCCUCAUCAAUGUCUUCCCCCUGCUCUACUACCUGCCCUUCGGUGUCUUUAGAGAGGUACGGCAAGUGGAAAGGGACAUCACUGCCUUCCUGAAGCAGAUCAUCACCAGACACAGGGAGACGUUAGACCCAGCCAAACCCAGAGAUCUCAUAGACAUGUACCUGGUAGAGAUGCUGGCCCAGGAGGCCGCUGGGGAGACGGACAGUAGCUUCUCAGAAGACUAUCUAUUCUACAUCAUAGGAGACCUCUUCAUCGCUGGUACUGAUACCACCACCAACACAGUGCUGUGGAUAAUGCUCUACAUGGUCGUGUAUCCAGAUAUCCAAGAGAGGGUGCAGGCGGAGAUGGAAGCGGUGGUGGGCCCAGACAGGGUCCCGUCUCUCACUGAUAAAGGCAGCCUGCCGUUCACGGAGGCCACCAUCAUGGAGGUGCAGAGGAUGACUGUGGUGGGCCCCCUGGCCAUCCCUCACAUGGCCUCAGAGACCACAGAGUUCCGUGGCUAUACGAUCCCUAAGGGCACGGUGAUCAUCCCCAACCUGUGGUCUGUCCAUAGGGAUCCCACUGUGUGGGAGCAGCCAGACGACUUCAACCCCUCUCGUUUCCUAGACGACCAGGGGAAUCUCCUGAGGAAAGAGUGCUUCAUACCGUUCGGAAUAGGACGCAGGGUGUGUAUGGGCGAGCAGCUGGCUAAGAUGGAGCUGUUCCUGAUGUUCACCAGCCUGCUGCAGGCCUUCAGUUUCAGCCUGCCCGAGGGGCUGGCCCCUCCUCCCAUGCACGGGCGCUUUGGCCUCACCCUGGCCCCCUGCCCAUACACUGUGACUGUGAGGCCCCGGCGGUGAGGCCACCAGACGAACAACGCCCCCUGACGCCGUAAUUAAGCCAUAAGGCACAAGAGGCAGUGGUGUAAAUACAGUCACAGGUAAACGGUGCUAGUCAACCCAUUUGUCUGUGACUGUUUUCAUGAUACUGCCUCGUGCCUUAUUGCUUUUAUAAAACUGUUACCAACAUAUUCAAAUAACUAUUACAUAUUUUCAUUAAAACGUUAUUAAAACGUUAUUCAUACCAUUUAAUUCUUCCACCAGAAGAUAUAGUCCAGACAAAAAUCAGGUUGUUAGUUAUUUUGGCCAUGAUGCUACAGACGCCACCCAGUCUUCAUUUAUUUUUUUGCAUAGUUGCUAUGCAAAAGUACUGGGAGUCCAUUCUAACCAAAAUGGGUGCUAUGCAGGGGGGCCAUGUCUGUUCCCAGGGCCCUAUGUUCCCUCGUCCCAUUUUUUUCCCCUCAGCCUAUGUUCCCAGGGUCCUAUGUUUACUGAGCCUGUUUUUUCCUUCAGUUCUAUCUUCUAAACAAGGCAAGAGUAAAUAUUAAAGACAAAAACAUUAUGUUAUGUGAUAAAAUAUUUUACAUAGCUUAUAUUUUUCAUACCCAUUGGUAUUUUGGUGCGUUAAUCCACUGUUACUGAUGGCCAGUAUUUCUGUUACAUGUUUUUGAAAUACGUAUUUCAGUUACUUGAGUAUUUAGGUAAUUUUGUAUUUCACUGGCCUGAAAUAAGUUCAAAAAUCAAAAAUUAUUUUGAUUGUCUAUUGCAUUAUGGCAAUCAAAUAAAUCGAUGUGUUUU